AUGGACCAGAACACUGCUCAGCUUCAGGCCAUGAUUAAUGAGGCAGUUGCUGCCUCGAUGGAGAAGGCUUUCUCCAGAAUUAUGACGGCGGCUGAUGGGCCAGAUAACCUCGCUGAGGUACCGCAACAGGACUACGAUUCCGAGGCUUCGGAGUCACAGGUUCGUGCCGACUCUCGGCCACAAAAACGCCAUUGGAAAGGAGAGAAGGGCUCUGCUAAUCCGGACAGGGGCAAGGCCCCCGCCAAGCGCGAUAAACCGUCUCCUCUCGCUCCCUCGCCUGAACAUCAAUACUCCUCGGACGAGGAGGAUAAGCUUUCUCCCUCCAUGAAUAUUCUGGACUCGUGGCAGGCCGCGGACUCCGACGUUCCGGAGGACGCCUGGGGUUCGGAUGAGGGCGCGUUUUCCGGUGACCAAAAGGGCACCUUUCUCGACACCGCCCAGCUACCCGACGACUCGGCGCCACCGCUGGAGGAUGAGGAAACCAUCCUGGACCCCUCCAGCCAACGUCUCUUCGAUCCGAGAAACAUCCGUCAUCCACGUUCUGGAGACUGGACGCCUCCGGAUCACCUCGCAAAGUUUAUGCACCUAUGGCUACGCAAACCUAUGGACAAAACGGUUCGCAACCGUUUACGAUCCGAAUGCCCUCGCCCUCUGUUACCCGACUUCGUGGCGCAAACUCCGGAGUUCGACCAGAUCAUGACCACCUUUAUGUCUAGGGGUGGUCGGGACCCUCGCAAAGGGGUUGAGAAGGCAUUCCACGGCGUGCAGGAUAAGCUGUUGGACUCCAUUGGUCCACUUUCCCGCAUUUUGUAUUUGGCGGAUGAUGCCCUAGCGCGAUCAGAGGAGUUUGACGCUAAUAUGGUUCGUGAAUGGGCUCACGACAUUAGAGAAUGGGCUCAACGGUGCUUCUGCUUUGUAGGCAACGCCAACGUAGCCCUCUCUUCUGAGAGGAGGAAAGCAGCAUUACUCCGUCUUGACGGAAAAUUGGUGGAAUUGGGCACCAAAGAACUAGGACCUCUGGCACAGGGCAAGCUAUUUGGUGAGACUUUUCUGAAGGAGCUCAAUAGACAUGUGAAUGUCUUUACCUCGCUUAACAAAGCACAGACCUCCAUGAAGCGGGUCUUCCGAGCCAACUCCCAAAGGGGUGUUUUUGGAAGGGCUGGCCGCCACAGAGGCCGAGCAGCCAGCCGAUUCUGGCCUUCGGGCCCCAGUUCUCAAAGGCCUCAACCGUUCUACCCAGAAACAGGCUAUAGACAGCCUUUCUCCUUCACCAGAGGAGCCGACAGAGGUCGUGGAUCACGUGCCCGGGGCAGGGCUCGCUUCAACUCCACCGAGGACUACAGGUUGAUAGCAAACGAGCUACUAGACCUCCACUCCAAGGGUGCGGUGGAGCCCGCACACGACCAGGGAGGCUUUUUCAGCAAUCUUUUCUUGGUGAAGAAAAAGACCGGGGAUUUCAGACCAGUCUUAAACUUAAAAAAGCUCAACUCCUACGUGCGAUACAGGCACUUCAAGAUGGAGGGCAUACACCUUCUGAGGGACCUCCUUCGAGACGGAGAUUGGUUCACGAGACUGGACCUCAAAGACGCGUACUUGUCAGUACCGGUCCACUUGACCUGCCGACGUUUCCUCAGAUUCCUGUGGCAAGGGUUCGUGGUGAACUUCUUGAAGUCGGAGUUGUCCCCGACUCAGACUGUCCAGUUUCUGGGAUUCGAGAUAGACUCCAGGUCCAGCACACUACGCUUACCAGCGACGAAGAUCGCGGCUAUCAAGAAGGAAUUGCGCAGAGUCAUCCGCUGCUUCUCCAUUCCACUCCGUACUCUGGCUCGGAUCAACCGCAACUUUGUGUCGUUUCUACCCUUACUCGGGAAGACGCCUGAGAAGAAAGAGGAGAUCCCUUCACCUCCACCACCAGCCACACCACCUCCACCACCACCUCCUUCAGAUACCACUCAAGAUCCCCCAGCUACAAUAUCAGAAAAAAAGACCUCUGCUAAAAAAGGAAAGGGACGAUCCAAAUCUCCCAAAGAAAGCUCUGUGGAGAAGACCGAUAGGAAAGACACCCCUCGUGGCAAAGACGCCGCGCCAAAGUCUCCAAAAUCAGGAUCCGCGAGGGGUCGAUCUCCAGGCAAAAAGACCAAAUCCGUUCCAGUGACACCUGAGCCAUCUACUCCACCGCCUGUUGGUCCUCCCCCUAUAAUGCCGGGGUCAGCGGAGUGGGUGUAUGUACACGAGCCUCUCCCAAAGGAAGUUCCCGAAUUCCUGGUGCCGUACUGGGAGACCAUAGAAAAGACCUACGAAAACCGUGCUAAAGUUGGAUUGAGGAGCCUGAGACAAGAGCGGCUCAUUAUGAUUCAUUAUCUGUAUGACAUCAGGAAUAGAUUUAAGGAUUAUUUGCAGCGGCCGGACCAUAAGCAGGAGUUUGUAUCUCAGUGGCAGUCCGAUUUCAACUCUAUUGCUGAGGAUAUGCGGGAAGAUGAGGAGACGAAAGCAGAAUUGCACCAAAGAGUUGAUGAUUUAAGAGAUUGUCUGUGGGAUAUCUGUGACAACAGGAAGGAGGAGGCCGAGCAGGAGCGGGCCGAUGUCAUGAGUGACGGCUGGCUGGAAGACCACCUGGGAAUCCUCAUGAACCACUUCUUCUCUUUGAUGCAGGUAGAAGUUGAUCGUUUCCAAGACACAAUGCGGUUUCUUCACGAUUACUAUGAAGGGAUGGAGAAUAAAAUCCCAUCGGAGAACGGUCAGGAGUUUGUCCGCAUCCCGCUCCUGGACAUUUCUAAUUCCAGCUCCCCAGAGGAAUCCGAGAAUCCAAGAAGGAUUCCUCUAGUUCCCAGAAGACCUCAGACUCCAGAGAUGAACUCGGGGAAACAGAAGAGUAAAGGGGCAGCUGUAAAAGGAAAGGAGGAUCCCAACAUGGAGGUCGCAGGGCAGCUCUCUGAAGCCGAUCAGAAGCUCAUUCAUGAAGCAUGGCAGACGGCUCUGUCAGCCAUUGCUAAUAUGGUAGCAAAUGAAAAACAAGCGCUGGAGGCGGAGGAAGAGAAGGAGCACCAAUUGUUGGAGCUGAAGGAAAAGGAAAGAUUUAAAGCCUCUCAGACCACGUCUCAAAGCAACCAAAAAGGGGUAAAAAAGAAAUCACCCAACAGGAAAAAAGGGGAAAAAUCACCUGGGCCUGCAGCCCCCACACCUCCACCCGCAGCCCCAGAGGACAGCUCAGAGCAGCACAAGAAACAGGAAAGUAAAGUGAAGAUGAGACAGGAAUAUCUUGCUGCUCUUGAAUGCGAAGAGGCAACUGUGAACUCCAGACUGGAACUGGUAAAGGCCAAAGCCUUAGAAAUGUGCCAAGAGAUUGUGACAAGAUCGGAGCAGGCUUAUAAAGACACGGACAUGUGGCUGGGAGCACGAUUUCUAGCGGAGAUGUCAAGCAUCGGGAAGCUGAUUCAGAUUGCUCAUCACUGCAUUGAAACCAGCACAAAGAUACAGCAUGAACUCGUCCUGGAACAAAGUGACUUCUACAUAAACUCAGAUAUAAAAGUGAUCCCCGAUCCUGCACCACCACCGAGACCCCCACCGGUAGAGAGCUCUACGGGGGCCACCCUCACUGUCUCUCAACUCCAACGACUGCACAAGCAGUUUUUGCAGGUGGCUCCUGAUGGUCUGAUGUCAAGUAAGUUAUUCUCAGACGUUUUGAUGGAUCUUACAUCAGUGGCGUUUGGGGAUGACGCUCUCCCAGACUUUUGGAUGCAUAGGUCACUGUCUGAGAUCCAAGAAAUUACCUCUGCGCUCUCAGAUGGCUCGGAUUGCGUUAAUUGGCGAAAGUUCUUGCUGUGUGUUUCUUCUCCCUGGCCGUACCCUUCUCUGCCCCAACUCCUGGAGACCCUGCAAAGAUUUAAGGCUGUGGCUGAGAAUGCAUGUGGCACUGUCCAUGAAGAGCAGUACAAUCAGGUGGAGCUGUGGUUUACAGUAAAAACAGAAGAAACUGAACCUGAAGACCCCACAGAACGUCCUCCAUUCAACAGACUGAAGCAUCUCAUAAGGUUUUUCUUUGACUUGUUUGCGGAGAGCGCGGAGCCUCCUCGUCUUGACUACACAGACAUGUUGCUCUAUUUUGCUUCUCACCCAAUUCCUAUGGAAGGAUUCUACCGAGCAUUAAGUGUCACAGUCGGGAGACCGGUCAUGCAGGCGUCAGAUGAUCAUCUGCUUGUAAAGUCUCUUCCAGCCAUGGACGCCCUAGAAGAGGAUAAGGAGAGAAUUAUAGAGAAUGACGGAGAUGAUGUCACCACAAACCCAGAUCAGUCAAUCACACUGCAGGAAGUUCUGCGAGUCUUUCAACUUGGUGCCGGAGAUGAUGGGGAUACUCAUAGGUUUCGUCAGAUGGAGAAAGAAACAAAUAAUUAUCACAAGAUAAUCAAGAACAUAUUCAAUGAAAUGCGGCCAAAUGCUUCAGGUGGUGUGUCCCUCCCUGCUCUUCUCAGACAUCCCAUAUUUCAUGAACUUGUCGAAGAUUGUCAGCUUUAUAAACUCCCAGAUAUCCAAGACGUACUUGAGAAGUCUAAAGCCACACAGUCCAAUGAAGGAGACAGCGCGACGACCAGCUCGACCGCGUCAUAACGGCACAUUACAUAUCCCUGUACCCGCUGCUCAGCAAGAAUUCCAUCAACCUCAGUAUUUUAUACUUCAUUGUACUGUUUUUUUAAUGCUUGGGGAAAAGGAAACCUCUUUCCCAUGUGAACUUGGAUCUUAGACUGACCGUAUAAAUGGCAGUGAUAA